CCUCUCACUGGCUGAAACCCGGCAGUUACAUUCAGCCUCUCUGCUCUCUGCGAUGAGGAAGUGACACCAAAACGCCAAAACUCUGCGCCUCAAAUUAGACAAGCCUAAGUCCCCCAGGACGGGAAAACAGCAAUGAGAGCGCUGCUACAGCUUUUUUGAGACGCGCUGAGGAGGGAUGUCUGACCAACGCCAGGACGCACAACCGGACGGGGCAGGCCAGAGUGGAGCCGUGUUUUUCUCCAACCCUCUGAUGAGUGAUGUGGAAUCCGACUGGUCGCCCGUUCACGAUGCGGCCUUUAAUGGACGGGUCCUCAAUCUGCAAAGACUGAUCGCUCAGGGAGCGUGUGUGAAUUUGAACACUCUGGACCAGGUCUCGCCCCUCCAUGGAGCCUGUGUGCAAGGCCACACCGCUUGUGCCAAGCUCCUGCUGGAAAGCGGUGCAAAUGUGAACAGCUCGACCCUGGACGGACACACUGCCCUGUCCGAGGCCUGCGCCCGGGGCAACCUGACCUGCGUGUCCCUGCUUCUCCAACACGGAGCCAGUCCCCUGGGGGCCGGCCGGUCCAACCCGCCCCUCCACUCUGCGGCCGCAGAAGGUCAGAGGUCACAUUCCACAGCACCUGCACGGAUGGUCCGUGCAGGGAUUAUGCAGCGUCGACAAAACGCCCCGACUGUAUCAAAACGCUGCUGGAGCCCGGGAGGUUUUUCAGAGCCGCUCACGCCGCCGCUGACCCUCUCUCCAGGUCACCCGGAGUGCGUGGAAGCUCUCGUCCGGCACGGGGCAGACGUGGAUCAGCACGUGGAGCACUUAGGGUCCCCUCUGCACGUGGCCUGCUCCAACCGGCGUCUGGACACUGUGAGGAAACUCCUUCAGCUCGGUAGGAUGCGCUCCCGUUCAGAGGCUCUCACUGGUCUGUCAGGGCCUGACCUGUCCAUCUCCUCAGGCGCCCGAGUGGACGGGCGUGUCUCCGGGGACUCUCCCCUGCACGUGGCCGCCCGCCUGUCCAGCCCCGAGCUGGUGUCCGUCCUGCUGGAGCACGGGGCUGACCGCCUGCUCCUGAACUCGGAGGGGAAGCGGCCGCUGGACCUGGCCCCCCCCGGCAGCCCGGCGGGGGGCUUCUCAAGAAGGCCGCAGGUACUGCAGCUCCUCAGUAGCCUCUCGCCGUUCGGGGUGUGUGUUCCUCUGAAGCAGCUGUGCCGACUGGACGUCAGGAGGGCGGUGGGCCGGCGGAGGCUGGGCGGGCUCCCUGACCUCGACCUGCCGGCAGAGCUGAUUGGCUAUCUUCUCCAUCAGUCAGACCCGGGGGGAAACUAA